AUGGCGCGCAACCUCCUCACUUACAACCUUCAUGAAGGCCAUUUGGAGGCGAUCGUGCACGGCUACCGCGGCGGUCUCCUCCGUGGGGAUGUCUACCACAGCCUUUGUCAAUGCGAUACCCUCGGCGACCUCAAAAGUCAGCUUCAGAUCACCGACUACGCCGAUUUCCUCCACCAAGACGGCACGCUGAGCUCCCGGCUGAUCGCGGAUCGCGCGCAGGAGGUGCUGCUGCGGCAGUUCCGCGAGCUCCAAGAGUGGUCUCAGCCCCCACUCUCCGAGUUUCUCGACUUUAUCACCUAUGAGUAUAAGAUUUUGAACAUCCUGAAGCUGAUCACUGCGAAGCGGAGCGGGCGGGCGAGUUUGGAGUUUCUCACCAAAUGCCACCCGCUCGGGACGUUCGCGGAGAUGCCGACCCUCAUCGCCGCCACCGACGUGCGGGAAAUGUUCGAGGCAGUCCUCGUGGGGAGCCCGGUGAGUCGUUUCUUCAGCAGCGAAGGGAGCUUUGAGCAGGAUCUCGAUGAGCUUCCCGUGGAGUUUAUCCAAGGGACGUUGUUGAAAAGUUAUUAUGAACAGUUUUAUGACUUUUGUGUUCGAUUAGGGGGAACGACGAGGGAGGUGAUGUGCCCACUCCUGGAUUUUGAGGCGGAUCGUAUGGUUCUAACCUUUAUCAUUAAUACCUUGGGGAUGCGAGAAAUCACACCAUCGGAUCGACGGAAAGUGUUCCCGAAUCUCGGUACGCUGGUGGAUAUUCACUAUGAUCUUUCCGAGUCUGAAAAUGUUGAGCAGUUGCGUGAGCGUCUGCGUCGCUUCCCAGACUAUUAUCAGCUUCUCGAUGACAAUCGAUCCAUCGAGGCGUCUGGUAAGAAGUCUCUAGAGCGUAGUUUUGUGGAGUAUUCGGUUGUGUUAUACAACGAUGCCAUGACACGUCAAUUUCAGUAUGGGAUUUUCUAUGCUUACGUAAAGCUAAAGGAGUUGGAGAUCAACAACCUGAGAUGGAUUUCGGACUGCGUCGUUCAGCAAAUGCGGAACCGCUUACAUGAAUAUGUUAUUACCACACUAUAA